UGAGGUGACUGGUCAGAGAUCAGGGGAUGGACGCGGCGCAGAAGGGCGCGCGGGUCCCUGUCGAGAGCCCGCCCGGCAGGAAGAUCUAUAUGGACUACAAUGCCACCACACCUCUGGAGCCUGCAGUCAUCCAGGCUGUGACAGAGGCCAUGAAGGAAGCCUGGGGCAACCCCAGCAGCUCAUAUGUGGCAGGCAGGAAGGCCAAGGACAUUAUAAACACAGCUCGGGCAAGCCUGGCCAAGAUGAUAGGCGGAAAGCCUCAGGACAUCAUCUUCACUUCCGGGGGCACCGAGUCAAAUAAUUUAGUGAUCCAGUCUAUGGUGAGAUGUUUCCAUAAACAGCAGAGCCUGAAGGGACACGCGGUUGACCAGCGCAGCCCCGAGGAGGGGACCAGCCCUCAUUUUAUUACUUGCACGGUGGAGCAUGACUCCAUCCGCCUGCCCCUGGAGCACCUGAUGGAAGAGCAAGUGGCAGAGGUCACUUUUGUCCCAGUGUCGAAGGUAACCGGGCAGGCAGAGGUUGAGGACGUCCUGGCGGCUGUCCGCCCCACCACGUGCCUCGUGACCAUCAUGCUGGCCAAUAAUGAGACUGGCGUCAUCAUGCCUGUCUCCGAGAUCAGCCGGCGUGUUAAGGCCCUGAACCAGAGCCGCGCUGCCUCGGGACUGCCCCGAGUCCUUGUGCACACGGAUGCUGCUCAGGCACUGGGGAAGAGGCGAGUGGAUGUAGAGGACCUUGGCGUGGACUUCCUGACCAUCGUGGGGCACAAGUUCUACGGUCCCAGGAUUGGUGCUCUGUAUGUACGAGGGGUCGGUAAACUUACCCCCCUGUACCCCAUGCUGUUUGGAGGUGGACAAGAGCGGAAUUUCAGGCCAGGGACUGAGAACACAGCCAUGAUUGCUGGCCUUGGAAAGGCUGCUGAGCUGGUGAGUGACAACUGUGAGGCUUAUGAGGCCCACAUGAGAGACAUCCGAGAUUACCUGGAGGAGAGGCUGGAGGCUGAAUUUGGUAAGAGGAUCUGUCUGAACAGCCGGUUUCCAGGUGCAGAGAGGCUUCCAAACACCUGCAACUUUUCCAUCCAGGGGGCCCAGCUUCCAGGGUACAUGGUGCUUGCACAGUGCCGGACACUGCUGGCCAGUGUGGGAGCCUCAUGCCACUCAGAUCACGAAGACCGGCCAUCCCCAGUGCUGCUGAGCUGUGGCAUCCCUACGCAUGUGGCCCGGAACGCGCUCCGGCUCAGUGUGGGCCGCAGUACCACGAGGGCUGAAGUGGACCUCGUCGUGCAGGACCUGAAGCAGGCCGUGGCCCAGCUAGAGAGCCAGGUCGUGAGCUAGCAGCCACUUUUCCCCUCAGUGGCCAGCUGGACUUUGGCUACUCAGUCCAUAGGAAACCCCUUGCAAAAGUCCCUCGGCUGUUCCUUCUCAAGGCCUGCACUGCGAUGGCUCUCUUGCUCUGGGGUGAUGAGGAGCUGCCUGACACAGAAUCCCACUCCAGCCCUCCUCCCCAGAGGCUGAGGACCACACUGCCACAUAGGACAUCCCCUGCUCCUUCUGCCAAAGGCUAGCUGGGGAUGGAAAUGUUCCACAUAUCGGGUAGCUUGUCAGGAACACCUGGCCCCAGGAGUCACUUAGGCUAGAAGACAAAAUCCAAGUCUUUGUCCAUGUAGCUGCUGUUGUGAAAAUAGGAAACGUAAUUUUGUCUCUGCCCAUGGCCUCCCUUGUGCACCUGCAGAACCCCCACUCCUACCCCCACAGCCCUGCCUCCCUCCUCUGGCCUCGGCUUGCCACACUGCCCUCCUGCCUCCCUGCCCUGAUGGUCCAGGGGCCUUAUGCCUUUUUCCUGGAGGUCACAGUUCACCUUGCCACAUGUCUUUUCUCUCCAUUGUACUCAGGGAUUCAGCUCCAGCAAGGCUGACAGGAGGCUCAUGCCUGAUCUGUCUUUGCCAAAGUAGGAAAUCUGAUCAUUUGCACCCAGCUUUAAUUUUAUUUGCAAAGGUUCCUGUCAUCUUGAGGACACGUGGCACACAUUGCAACAGUAUUUAUAUAGGAAUAUCUUCUUGAACAGUGCUUUUAGGUUGUGGAUCUGUGGUCCAAAGGGUGAUGCAACGUGUGGAAACCCUUGUCAGACAUAAACUAAACUAAUAAAAGAUGUCUGCGCUUGCUGA